AUGGCGUUCCAAUCAAAUGUGAUCAACUCUCAGCCUCAGGUCUCCAUCACACAGUACACUGUGUCGUCCGGAUUAACAGAUUGGGGUUCGAAUGUGUGCGACUGCUGUGAAGACUGUGGCAUCUGUCUUUGUGCAACGUUCAUCCCUUGUAUCCUGGGCUGUAAGGUGGCUCAGGACAACGGGGACAGCUGCUGCUUGCCCUUCCUUCCAGGUGCCAUGAUUGCACUAAGGACAAGCAUACGCAGCAGAUACCACAUCGAAGGCUCGGUGUGUGACGACUGGGUAAUCAUGGCCUGCCUGCCGCUGUGUGGACUGUGUCAGAUGGCACGGGAGCAGAAAAGGAGAGGAUAA